UUCUCUUUUGUUGAUGCUUUUUUGUUUUUUUUUCCAGAACCAUCAUCUUCGUUCCUCUUAUUGAUGAACUUCGUCGAUUCAAAAUUCUCAGCUCAAAGUGUUCGGGUUGGGGUCGUGCGUGACGGAUCGACGAAUCUGGGACGAAUCUAGGUUUCCAACAUCGAGCUUUCUUCGUACAGCCAUGGCUGAUUUCUACUGAUUUGCAUCUUUGGUCCUUGAGUAUUUAACAAAGUACGGUUUGACCCCAAAAACUUCUGUUUGGUGCAGAAAAAUUCUCAAAACUGUCUUAAAACUUCUAAUUGUGUUUUCCAGCCCCCUAUUUAUGAAACAUGUACAAAUGCAACAUCUAAUGACACUUAAAUACAACUUCUAAACAUUAAAAUGAUCAAAAUUAAUAGCUAAAAACAUGUAAAAAAAAAAAAUUAAGAACUUCAUAGGGAUUCUUCCAUUGGACAGUCACAAUAAAUUAUUAAAUUAAUUUUAAAAAUCCAUUAAAGACUCUAACCAACUGAGGUGGUUUAAAUAAAUCAGUUUUUUCCUCUCUCUAGAGCCUCCAAACGCAAAUUUGGAUGAGAAAAAAAUCAGGGCUUAUCUGCAUGUGAGGAUUGCGACCAUGGUGAAUCUUGAUUUUCCCGACGGUACCUCACCGCCUUCACAUUUUCUCCGCAGUAGAAAAUCCCCACGGAAAAAUGCUUCAAAGCAUUCUCCUCCUCCAGAACCAGCAACAGAACACGUGACAAAGAAGAAGAAGAAGAAGAAGACAUUGGCGAGCAGCAGCAGAAUUUGGAACGAGGAAGAUGAGCUCACGGUGUUAAAAGGGUUAGUGGAUUAUCAAGCUCAGAAAGGAAACGAACCCAAGAGUAACUGGGCAGACUUUUAUCGUUUCCUGGGAGGGUCCAUCACGGGGAAAUUCUCAAAGGAACAGGUUUUGACAAAGAUCCGCAAGCUGAAAGCUAAGUUCAUUGCUAGCAUGCAGAAAGGAAACACUAGCAAAUCUGAAGCCUUUCUACUUUCCAAAAGGAUAUGGGGCCUCCAAAAUGUAUCUGAUCAGUCUGCUAAUCACACCAAGAGUGGUGAGGAAAUGGCUAAUCAUGAACCUUCGAAUAAUGAGGUAACAAAAGCUGACUUUGAAGGCAACGACGAGUCAUGGGCUGUGCGGGAUGCGUUCGAGACCAUGGUGUCCAAAGGUUUAAGUGAUUAUCAAAAGAAGUUGCAGCUUGGGAAGCUGAUGAACCUUGGAUCUGGUAAAAGAAGAGAGUUGAGCGAUGAGUGGAAAGAGUUAUGUGCUGAGGAAGUUAAACUCAAUAUCAAGCGGUUUAAGUUUUCUGCUGUGCUUGCAGAGGCUGCUAAAUGGUAACUUGGUGUCCUCGUCUUAUGACUAGUUUCUGCUUGUGUCUCUAAUAGAAGCAGUAUGUUUUCUGUGGUGUCUGAAAGUAUCAAGUCUCUCGGGUUUGAUGUAAAUCUUAAUGUAAUAAAAUAUCGGUUUCUACAAA